AUUACCUCAAUGGGACUAUUAUAAUCUUCAAGGUCCUUAGAGGGAGGCAGAAGAUCAGAGGAGGAAUCAAUAUCACCAGGGAAGCUGGAGGAAAAAGGCAAUAUGAUCCAAAGCCAUGGACCCAAGGAAUGUGGAUGGCUUUCAGAAGCUAGAAAAACCAAGGAAAGAGAUUCUCCCCUAAUGCCUCCAGAAGGAACCAGAAAUGUCCCUAAAAGACUCAUUUUGGAUUCUGACCUCCAGAAUUCAAGAGAAUAAAUUUAUGUUGUAUUUAGCCAUAAAGAUUGUGUUAAUUUAGUCCAGCAGCAACAGGAAACUAAUACAGAAACUAUCUAGAAAAUCAGUGGCUGCAGUAUGUUCCCUUUUGUCAUUAUUUCAAGUUGCUUUUAUGAGCAAAGCUUGUCUUACCUGGCAACAGUUGCUAAGUGUGUUAACAACUUAUGCUAAAGGCUGGAAGGGAGCAACUACUUAAAUCCUCCCAAAUCCGGUGCCCAUACUUUGUAUGGCAGAGGCUUUUAGUACCAUUCUUUAAAUUAGGCACAUAACUACAUAAUCAUGGUAAAUCAUUUAGUCCUCACCAGCCUCUAGCUUUAUCCUAAAACCCUGAGUGUCUUGCAGCUUUCUUAAAAUUCUAGCUUCUCUUAAAAAUAAUUUUCCUGAUCCUAAGAUUAUUUUAACUGGAAAUAAUAGAAGACAUCUGAAAUUUUAACUAUGAUCAGAAAUACAGAUUAUACAAACUUUGUUUGCUGUGCUUUUUGUAAUAAAAUAAUUCCACCAGCUCCUUUUGGAGAAACCUUCAAACGAAUCCAUGAUUACAAGCCGUUCAAGACACGCUUUUACACUCAUAAAGAUAUACUGGAUAUUGGGGCAAAUAUUCUGAAUAAAGAAGAGAGGUAUCAAGAAAUCUCAUUCAAAGAAAGGAUUGUAAAAGCAGAAGCUAAAGUAUGGAAUCAGGCUAAUGAACUCCAAAAACAAGCAGUGGAUAAAGUAUUUGAAGAUCUAACUGCCAAACAUAAAUUUGAAAUUCAGGUUCUGGAAGAGAAACAUCAGAAAGAUUUACAGGACAUGGAAGCUAAAACCAAGACAGAAAUGUUUCGAAACAUGAGUGAUGAAAUGAAGAGAGAAAACAUGGCUGCAGAACAACGCAUGGUGCACAGAAUCCAAAGAAUUAUGAUGGAGUGCCACAGGGAGAAGAUGGAGGCUGUGGAGAAAGCCAGGGAAGAAGAAAGACAGAUCGCUCAGGAUCUUUUAGAAGCCCAAAGAAGCAAGGCCAUGGAAGAACUCGUGAGUACUGGUGCAUCCAUCAUUAAGGACCAGAGGAUGAACUUUAACCAGAUAAUAAGAGAAAAGGAACAUGAAAUGAACAUCUACUAUGGCAUAGCUCAGAAACAAAAGCAAGAAGAGGCGCAGGAAGUGCUUCAGGAAGCUGAGAAAACACACCAGGCCACUCUUGGUAAUGUGAUGGAUAAGCUGGUUAACACUCAGGGGGAGCUGCUGUCCACAGUAAACCAACUGGGAAUCAUGACAAACUGGAAAGAUUUUCUGGAGGAGGAACUACAGGAAACCAGAGCAGCAUUUCAAAAAUACAUCGAUUAUACGUUUCCUCAGCUUUCACCAGGACAAGCCGAUUUUAUUAUGCCAGAAAGAAGGAAAACACCUUCCAAUCUUCUUAUGGACAAUGAAGCAACUCUUGAAUAGAGGUCUUUAGCUGAAAUGUCUCCACAUAAACAGCAUUCAAAAGGCUUAAUAAAUUUAUUUAAAACCACUA